GCGUCGAGCGCUAUGGUUUCGGUGGACAGCCAAUCGGCUACAUCCAAGUCACAGAGCCGUGUUUGUAGCGGAAGAGAAGAUGGCGGCUGCAGCUGCGGGGAACAGAAAGAGCGGGCUGCUGGAGAAAUGGAGGAUCGACGAGAAGCCGGUGAAGAUUGAUAAAUGGGAUGGAGCGGCGGUGAAGAACUCCUUGGAUGACGCUGCGAAGAAGGUGCUGCUGGAGAAGUACGGUUACCUGGAGAACUUCCAGCUGGUCGACGGGCGCCUGCUGAUCUGCACUGUGUCCUGUCUGUUCGCCAUGCUGGCUCUGGUCUGGGACUAUCUGCACCCCUUCCCCGAGUCCAGACCCGUCCUCGCCUGCUGCGUCAUCUCGUACUUCAUCAUGAUGGGCAUCCUCACGCUGUACACCUCCUACAAAGAGAAGAACAUCUUCCUGGUGGCCAUGCAGAAGGAUCCAGCUGGGAUGGAUCCAGACCACAUCUGGCAGCUCUCCUCCUCCCUCAAACGGUUUGACGACCAGUACACGCUCCGAGUGUCCUUCUCCGACGGGAAGGCCAGGAAGUCGAGAGAGGCGGACUUCACCAAGUCAGUGUCGGCGUUCUUCGACGAACACGGGACGCUGGUGAUGGACCAGUUUGAGAAGAGCGUUUCUAAACUGCACGACACGCUCGCCGCCGACAAGAAGACCAAAUAAAAGACGGGAAGCAAACGUGGUGUGAGCCUGCCUCCUCUGUUCCUCCUCACAGUUCACUGGUUUCAGCUCCAUCAGGAGCUGCCAGAGGAAACUUAUUCAUGCAUUCAUAUCUGCAGUCUGUCUGUUUUUACCACCACACUCUGAACAACCCCAGAGGUCAGCACGCCAUGCCGCAAACCGGGGGCCUCUCCUUUAUUAGUCAGACUCGGCAGCAGAGUCACAGGUCCGUGUUGCCCACUCAUGCUCCGAGAGUGGGAAUGAUCUGAAACCAGUGAACUUCAGGAGGGACAGAGACCAGAGUCAGAGGCUCAGCUCCACUGAAGGGUUUCUUUUCCUGUCACAGCUGACUGUCACUCAGAGGUCAAAGGUCAGGUGUUUUGUCAGCAGGUUAGGAACAUUUCAGCUAUUUAAAAACAUCCUGAGACUCAAUGCGUCUUCACCGGGUCUCCGAGUAUUAAAGGUUUAAGGACCGCUGUGUGACAUGGCUGUGGUGGGCGGAGCCUUACGUAAGGGUCACGGCGGUGGGGAAUAAGCAGCUAAUGAUGGCCAACGGUUUAAAAAUAAAAUGUGAUGUUUUCAGUGUUUAAAGUAAAGUUUUCGUCAUUGUUUUCUCUGUGAUGUGAGAAUCAGUUUGAACUGCAGCAGGUGUCUGAACAGGUGAACUAACCGGUGCGUCGGCUCACUGGCUGACGCGUUGGUGCCGUACAACAGGAAGUGGACAUUGAUCAGACCUUUAUUUUAAAAGUUUUUUAUUCUCAGAUGCUUUCUCUGUAUUAAAAAAACAUUAAACUUGGAUCUUGUUAG